GCUGCACCAUGAGCGUGUCUGCGCUGAGCUCCACCCGGCUCCCGGGCAGCCUCUCCGGGUUCCUCCAAGCGGCGGCCCUGCUGGGCCUGCUCCUGCUGCUGCUCAAGGCAGCUCAGCUCUACCUGCGCCGCCAGUGGCUGCUCAGAGCCCUCCAGCAGUUCCCGUGCCCACCCUCCCACUGGCUCCUGGGGCACAGCCGAGAGUUUCCAAUAGACUCGGAGCUGCAGCAGGUGCUGAAGCGAGUGGAGAAAUUCCCAAGCGCCUGUCCUCGCUGGCUGUGGGGGAGUGAGCUGUUUCUCAUUGUCUACGACCCUGACUACAUGAAGACGAUUCUGGGGCGAUCAGACCCAAAGGCUCGUGUUUCCUACAGCUUCCUGGCUCCCUGGAUUGGGUAUGGCUUGCUGCUUUUGGAAGGGCAGACGUGGUUCCAGCACCGGCGCAUGCUCACCCCAGCCUUCCACUACGACAUCCUGAAGCCCUACGUGGGGCUCAUGGUGGACUCCGUCCAAGUGAUGCUGGACAAACUGGAGAAGCUCGCCCGCAAGGACGCGCCUCUGGAGAUAUACGAACACGUCUCCCUGAUGACCCUGGAAACCAUCAUGAAGUGCGCCUUCAGCCACCAGGGCAGCGUCCAGCUGGAAAGCAGGACCUCCAAAUCCUACAUCCAGGCUGUCAGGGAGCUCAGCGACUUGGCAUUGCAGCGGGUGAGGAACGUCUUUCACCAGAGUGACUUCCUCUACAGGCUGAGCCCUGAAGGCCGCUUGUCCCACCGUGCCUGCCAGCUCGCCCACGAGCACACAGACCGAGUGAUCCAGCAGAGGAAGGCUCAGCUGCAGCAGGAGGGGGAGCUGGAGAAGGUCAGGAGGAAGAGGCGCUUGGACUUCCUGGACGUCCUCCUCUUUGCCAAGAUGGAGAACGGGAGCAGCCUGUCCGACCAGGACCUCCGCGCCGAGGUGGACACGUUCAUGUUCGAGGGCCACGACACCACGGCCAGCGGCAUCUCCUGGAUCUUCUAUGCCCUGGCCACGCACCCCGAGCAUCAGCACCGGUGCCGCGAGGAGAUCCAGGGCCUCCUGGGGGACGGAGCCUCCAUCACCUGGGAGCACCUGGACAAGAUGCCCUACACCACCAUGUGCAUCAAGGAGGCGCUGAGACUCUACCCACCAGUGCCAGGUGUCGGCAGACAGCUCAGCUCACCUGUCACCUUCCCUGAUGGACGCUCCCUCCCCAAGGGCAUCAUAAUCACACUCUCCAUCUAUGGCCUGCAUCACAACCCGAAGGUGUGGCCAAACCCAGAGGUGUUUGACCCUUCCCGCUUCGCACCGGGUUCUGCUCGCCACAGCCACGCUUUCCUGCCCUUCUCAGGAGGAUCGAGGAACUGCAUCGGGAAACAAUUUGCCAUGAACGAGCUGAAGGUGGCCGUGGCCCUGACCCUGCUGCGCUUCGAGCUGCUGCCGGAUCCCACCAGAGUCCCCAUCCCCAUAACAAGACUUGUGCUGAAGUCUAAGAAUGGGAUUCACCUACGUCUCAGGAAGCUCCACUAACCCUGCUGGAAACAAGAAUGGUCUGCCAGGCGUCCUCUCUUCCUGUCACCUGCCCGUGUCCCGCACUCUGUCUGUAUCUUGCUUUCUCUCUACCUACCUGCCCUUCUUCCACCUGCCUGCCAUUCGGCCUUUUGUCCUCCAGUCUGCCUGUCCUCUUACUUUCCUCCAGGAUGCUGACCUGCUUGUCUGUCUCCUACCUGUCCUCAGAACCCUUGAUUCCUGCCAGCCCUCCAGCCUGCCUGUUUCUGACUGUGCCUGCCUGAGCCUCCUAUUGUUGAUACAGCAAGCUAACUCAGUCUGAGUGGCCUAAAACAACACCAAUUUGUAGUCUCGCAGUUUUGAUGCCUGAAAUGUGUUUCCCUGGUCAAAAUUGAAAGUAUUUCAUGAGCCCCAAGGGACAAUCAACUCCCAUCCCUGUCCAUAUUUCAGCUUCCAGAGCUCUGUGCUAGCCUUCUGUGAUUGGAUAAGACCCAGUUAGAUUGUCAAUGAUUAGCUCCUGGACAUGAACUUGGCUCAUUGCAGAUGUUAAGCACAGAUGCAAAAUCUCCUCAAGGUGAUAUCUGGGCUAACAUUUAACUAGACAGCACAGUCCACCCCGUCUGUCUGGCAUCCAUACACACCCCCUCAAACCUACUUAAUCUGGAAGUGAGGACUACGCCAAAGUCAUCCUGUUGUGAAUUAUCCUGCAUACAGCUGAGAGCAUAUUUUACCCUCCAACCCCAAAAAGAAAAAAAAGACACAUUGCUAAGUCAUUGAUUAUGGUCUCUCUUCUCCUUAACAUUCUGUAACUUAAAUACUUAAAUGAUGCAAUUAAAGUUGAAUUUUAUC